AUGGCAAAUUUACUCCGCUCAGCCAAGUCUGGCAGUGACUGGGGAGAGAAUGAACUCUAUGUUUUCAAUAUUGGAAUAGCCAAUGAAGACACAUAUGAGUUCUUUGGGCACCCCCUUCCAGACCAACUCGAUGUCUCACCGGUAAUCUUGAGCAACAUUGAUGAACCGCCCGACGCAACCAAGGCAGACAUCGAUUUUUUCGCAUAUUUGGAGGAUGCCAUUGCCGUUCCUCCUGAUGAAGAGUCUUUCGUGGAUGAUUUCGCAUCUAUUGUUCUUAAAUUGAUGGGAUAUGACUCUGGUCGCCGUAUCAUUCACCAACAGAAGGAACUCUCUUUUGAGAUGUGCGGACAGCGGGUGUCUGCCAAGACGGAUGUUUGUGUUAUGGAAUGUGGGGGAGCCGCGAGGUAUUUAUUGCUUGUACAGAAGGACAAAGAACAUGAUCGCCAUUUAUCCAGCGUCAACCCAGAACCUCAGCUUGUGGCCGAAGCGUUUUAUCAGAAUAACAAAGGACGAGAACGCAUAGGUCUUGCCACAAUUGCACAUGCUGUGAUUCCCGGCAUCACGAUGAUCGGAAGGGCCCCAACUUUCUUUAAGAUUCCUGUCUCAGAAGCCCUGGUCAAGGCAAUUGUGACCGGCCAGUACCCUGCAUUCGCUAUGACUGUGCAGAGACUUGUGCCUCCUGUCCCAGAUCGUUUGAACUAUAUGAUUCAAGGCAUGAAGCCCUUGGAGAAUCGCCGUGUCGUUUUUCAGUGUUUCCAAGCUUUCAAAGCAUUGGUGUAUCAACUUGCUGGCUCUGUAGCUUGUUAUCAGCCGGCAGGGGUCUGA